AUGUCCAACACCAACAUCGAUCUAGGAAACGGAGUCUCCGUUACCACGAAACAGGUUGCUAUGAUGGUAGCAAUCUUCCGCAAUGCGAGCAGGGACCUCUUGCAGACCGUUGACUGGUCUGCAGUGAGUGCAGAAACUGGACACGCUUCUCGGCGUGUUGCAAGAGACACCUUCACGAAGAGGUGUAAAGCUAAAGGGUGGCUAGAAGGCGGCACAGUAAAGCAGGCCACUAUAAUAGCAGCCAUUUUCCGCAAUGCCAGCAGGGACCUCCUGCAGACCGUGGACUGGUCUGCAGUCGCCAUGAUGGUGGCAAUAUUCAAGAACGCGAGCAGGGACCUCCUGCAGACUGUCGACUGGUCUGCAGUGAGUGUCGAGACGGGACACGCCUCACGGCGUGUGGCCCGUGCCACCUUCACUAAAAGGUGA